AAUGGAGUACCAAAUUAAGCUUAGAAUAGAAGGAAACGGAAGUUGGAAACAGUAGGUUAACCAGGUUUUCAAAAUUGGAGCGACUUGUUCUGCAAAUGGGUUCCCGACAAACGAUCAUGGAAGGAUAAUUCAAGGGCAGAAUCUGAAUUUGUAAGUUCAUUAAAUGUGUUAGAACUUUGGCAAGUUCCUUAUCUCAAUCGACGAACCUCCGUUUAAGGGUUUUAGAAGAAUUCAAUGCAAAAUUCGACAUCUUUUGUAGUUCUUGGAGUGGCUUGGGAACUAUAAUCUGCAGUUAUCAAUGGACAUUGAUGUAUCUGGUUGGAUUCUGGAAUUCUUGCUUCGACAAACUUCGGUGGAUGAUCACACAUUAGAUGAACUAAUUCGUGUUCUUCCCCUUCCAGAUCAUAAUCUUAGUCUGAAGAAGAGUUUGCUCUUGAGAAAAAUCGAGUCCGAUAUAUUAAAAGGUACAGUCUCCGAACCAGUUCUUGAAUUACUUGAAACGAUUCAAGAAUUGGAUCAGAAAGAAGGGGUGGUGGAGGUUCCGGAAACCAUGAAAACAGCAUACUGUGCUGUGGCAGUCCAUUGCGCUUUGAGGUUAUUACGAGGCAAUAUCACUAAAAAGGAGAAGUAUUCUGAUGUUGUGAAGAUGAUUUGGAAGGAUAGAGCUCUGCAAAUGGAGAAGUUCUUUGACAUGCCAGUUGCUGCAUCAUCUGGGAUGGAGUGGAUUUCAGAAGAAUUGAAGAACUGGAUGUGCAAUAUGAAGGCUGGGGUUUGGGACCCAACAAGUGUUUGUAAAAAUGUCUCAGUGAUGAAGUAUAUCAAAUGUAAAGAUGUUGUGGAAAUGGUUCGAUUGUAUGUAGUCGAGGCUAAAGAAAAGAUGGGUCCUUCGUUUCUUGAGUUGGCGGCCGAGAAACUAAGUGGUGAUGUUAUAAAGGAAGUGACGGAUGGCGUUGGAAAGGUUCAAAACGAGCAACAAGAAGGCGAGAGAAACGAAUCCAGUUUGAUCAAGGGUCUUUUGAAGAGGAGACCGAAACGAGCGUGGGGUUUUGAAGAGGAGAAUGCUUUGUGGAUUGGUGUGAAGAAAUAUGGUAAAGGGAACUGGAAAUUGAUCUUAACUAUGUACCCUGAUAUAUUCGUGGGGAGAAGCGUGGUCGAUUUGAAGGAUAAAUGGCGGAAUAUGUCUCGUUAUGAAUCAUAUCUCGAAUCGAAGAAUGUUGGUUAGGGAUGCAGUUGUCUGAAAGAACCUCCUUAGGUUGCCUGCAAGUAUUUUCUAGGUAAUGUUGGUUUGAGUUUGGUUUUUUGCCAUAUAAGUGUUAUCUUCAAAGUACUCUGUGUAUAUUCUUUAACCAAUAUAAGCACCUUAUCUUAAAUAACACUCCC